AUGCAGCUACAGCUCUUCUUCGUGCUGGUCGUGACAGCGUCCUCGUCUCCCUUGCACCUGCAUGACGGCCGAUCCAGAAUGUUCCGGGCUUUUAGGCCCCCUGGCCACGGAGGCUCCGACGCGCCGCCCCGUUGGAUCAUUGAACUUGAGGCUCUACCCCAAUACAAGCUCCUCGACAACCUGGCCAAAAAGCCCAACGCUUCCGUUGACGACGCUCUCGAGGAGUUUACAGCCCUCGCGGCCGCCGCCAAAACUUCAGACGUGAAGGCUCCGCUCGGGGUUUUCCCCUGGAAUACAUGGCAAUCUCUGAUCGAGAUCGCGAAGCGCACCGUCCCGGAGAAGCAGGCCAAGAUGGUUGAAUUCGUCGUCCAACUAGAAAAGAAGAGGAUGGAUGACGCCGAGACGGGAGAACAGAUGAAGCACGAGGGCGAGCUGCUCUGGACUGGGCUACCCGCCCUUGGGUACACUGUCGCUGACGCCUGGCAAGAGUUCGACCCGAAAGAUCCCAAAGCGACGCGUUACCAGCAUGACCGUUGGGAAAACAUGAUCGCUCUCCUCGCGCAGCUCAGCGCGGCAAGCAGGGCAAACUACACCAGCUCAGAAGUCACCGACGUGGACUUUUCACCCUUGGCGACGCAUGCCUUCCAUCAGGCAUUCGAAGAGUCAAGCGCUACGGACCCAAUCAUACGAACCGCCUGCAUGUGGCUCAUUUACGCACCAACGCGGCUCUGGGCCAACAUCCAGCACAAGCGUGUCUUCAAUCCCAACCACAACGAGCUAGUUCUGACCAUGGAAAUGUGGAACAUCUGGGCUGAAGGCCUCAGGAAGGCGAAGCAGUCUUGCCGCCCGGAGACGUGUCCUUUGGUGAUGAGCGCGAUAGCGAAGAUGGAGAUUGCGCAGGGCGAGAGUCAUGUAGAGGGGGCCCAACCAUGA